GACCUUGAAGCUUUGGCAAAUAAAAUUAUGCCUGAACUAGGUUGCGAGAUAGAAGAUUUUAAAUAUAACACAUGGCAUGUAACAAAUUGGCGGAAUUUGGAAAAGAGGAUAACAGGACCAAAGUUUGAAGUUGGAAGUUGGGAAUGGCAAAUUUUGUUAUUCCCUUUUGGUAAUAAUAAUUUAGAUAGUGUUUCUAUUUAUCUUGAUUUUUUUGAUCCUAAGAGUGCUCCAGACGGUUGGCAUUUAUGUGUUCAAUUUGCUUUAGUCUUGUGGAAUCCUGAAGAUCCAUCACAUUAUGUUGCUCAUCACUCUCAUCAUCGAUUCAAUGCCGAAGAAUCAGACUGGGGAUUUACACGGUUUUAUGGUCUAGAUAAAUUGUUUACCCCUUAUGAAAACCGAACACGACCAUUAAUCGAGAAUGAUUCAACCAAUAUCACGGCAUUAGUACGAGUAUUGAAGGACCCUACAGGCGUUUUAUGGCAUGAUUAUAAUUCAAAUAUGAGGAAGGGUUAUGUUGGUUUAAAUAACCAAGGCGCUACAAGUUAUAUAAAUUCAUUACUCCAGUCACUUUAUUUUACGACUUAUUUCCGUAAGGCGAUCUAUCAAAUCCCCACGGAAAAUGAUAUCCCAAACAAAAGUGUUCCUUUAGCAUUACAACGAGUUUUCUUCAAUUUGCAGACAUCAGAUAUUCCAAUCGAGACGAUAGAAUUAACAAAAUCUUUUGGUUGGAAUUCAUUUGAUUCUUUUACACAUCACGAUGUGCAUGAAUUUAACAGAAUGUUGCAAAAUUAUCUUGAAGGCAAAAUGAAGGGUACAAAAGCUGAUGGUGCAAUUACUAAACUUUUUUCUGGUAAAAUGAAGAGUUAUAUUAAAUGUGUCAAUCAAGAUUAUGAAUCUUCUUAUGUUGAAGAUUAUUAUGAUAUUCAAUUGAAUGUAAAAGGUUGUAAGACUUUAAGAGAUUCUUUCAAGAAUUAUAUUCAAAAGGAAACAUUGGAAGACGAUAAUAAAUAUCAAGCAGAAGGUUAUGGGUUGCAAGUUGCCGAAAAAGGUGUUAUAUUUGAGAGCUUUCCUCCAGUUUUACAUUUGCAACUUAAGAGAUUCGAAUAUGAUAUGCAAAAGAACGCCAUGACCAAGAUUAAUGAUCGUUAUGAAUUUCCAAUUGAGAUUGAUUUAGAAGAAUUUCUAUCGGAAAAUGCGGAUAGAUCCAACCCCCAUAAAUAUUUAUUAUAUGGUAUAAUCGUUCAUAGUGGUGAUUUACACGAAGGUCAUUAUUUUGCUUUACUAAAACCUGAAAAAGACGGCAAAUGGUUUAAAUUUGAUGAUGGUCAUGUUACACCUAUUAUGGAUAGUGAAGUCCUUGAUAGUUAUGGUGGUGAAUUUCCAGAUGCUAAUUCAAUCAGCGCAAUUGAUCCAACCGAUAAACGGUCACGAUCUACCAAUGCUUAUAUGUUAAUUUAUAUUCGCGAAUCGAGUAUUAAUGAGAUAUUGUCUCCUGUGAUCCCCGAAGAUAUACCUGAUCAUUUACGUAUACGAUCAGAAGAGGAAAGGGCCUUUGAUUUCAUCAUCAAGAUUGUAACCGCCGAAAAAUUCAAAUAUCACCAAGGAUUUGAUAUUGCCAAUUUUGAAUAUCCAAUUUCUGAUAUAUAUACAUAUAAGACUACAAAAAAUAAAACUUAUGAAGUUUUUAAAAAAAAUAUUUCUCGAACUUUCAAAAUUCCUUUGGAACAAAUGCGAUUCUGGUACUUUGUAAAUCGUCGAAAUGGAACCAUUCGACCAGAUUCUCCAAUACCAGAAUCUUAUCUUGAUCUUAGUAUGGAAAAAAUUCAUGCGAAGAUAACUUGUCAGCAGAAUAAAAUGAAGUUGUAUAUGGAAGUAGCAGACAAACCAAUUUAUGGCGAGGUGCAUAAUUAUGAAAAUUAUCACAUAAUGGUUUUCAUCAAGUAUUUUGAUGUCGAAAAACAAGCUUUGGAAGGUCUUGGUCAUUUAUAUUUACGAAAAUUCAGUAAAGUGAGUGACUACACUUGUAUUCUCUGCGAAAAAAAGGGAUUUCCAUCACAUACUCCUUUGAAAAUAUAUGAAGAAGUUAGGCCAGAUACAAUUGUAGAAAUGAAAUUAAGAUCCACUUUCCAACAAUCGGAUAUACAAAAUGGUGAUAUAAUUUGUUUUCAAAAGGUUUUAACAGAAAAGGAGUAUCAUGCAAUAGCCGGCCGUAGCUGGAAUAUUCCUCAUUUCUAUGAAUCAUUAACUUUACGUAUUGUUGUCUCAUUUAAGCCAAGAUGGAAAUAUCAAAAUUCAAAACAUGAAUUUGACUUGAUUUUAAAUAAAAAAUGGACAUAUGAUCAGCUCACUGGAGUAGUCUCCAUUCAUUUAAAUACGGAUCCUCUUAAAUUACGAUUUACAACGGCAUCAUUUGGUACACCAAAGGAUGACAUUAAACAUACCACUACUCAGACAAUUUCAGAGAUGUUUCAAACUGCAAAUUUGACGCAAUCAGCUCAUAUUUUAUUCUAUGAGAUGCUGGACGUAAGUAUUGUAGAACUAGAAGCAAAAAAGUUCUUAAAAGUUGCUUGGCUUGGAAACACGGUUAGAGAGAAGGAAGUUAUUGGUCUCUGUCUUAAAAAGCACGCCAUUGUUAGUGAAUUGAUAAGAAAACUUUUAAGAAAGGUGAUAUUAUCAUCACAAAAUUCCAAAAUCAGGCUAUUUGAAGUUGUAAAUCAUAAAAUUCAAAAAGAAUAUACAGAAACAGAACCGAUAGAGAAGAUACAAGAAUUUGCAAAAUUAUAUGCUGAGGAAAUACCUCAGGAUGAAAUUUUUAUCAAUAAGGACGAUCGAAUUAUUCAAGCAUUUCAUUUUACAAAUGAUCCAAUAUGUGUGCAUGGAAUUCCAUUCAAAUUUGUUAUCAAAAAUGGUGAGACACUUUCUGAUACUAAGGAACGUCUUCAAUAUCGUUUUCGUAUGAACGUAGAUGAUUUUUUGAAAAUAAAAAUUGCAAUCAUACCUGGAACUUCAUAUGUAAAACCGGAGUAUUUGGAAGAUGAUGAUAUAAUUUUAUCGGAAAAGAUAUUCUCGGAUGAAGACUAUCUGGGUCUCGAUCAUGUACAUAAAACUUGUCAUGUAGAGGAAGUCGGAGAUACAAAAAAAGCUAUUUUUAUUCGAAACUAACAUAUUAUUUUCUCUAUUUAUUUGCAAUUUUCUCUUGUAUUUUUAUUAUUGGAAACGUCUCUAUGAAGUUAGGAUAAAAUAUUGAUUCGUUUCCUUAAAACUUUGUAAUAAUAUAUUUAAGAUAGAAAUCAUAUUUAUUUUAUUUAAAUAACAAGAAUAAAUUAAAUAACCGGUAAAUCAACAAUUAUUAUUGGAC